UUCGAAAUUUGAAUUAUAGCCCAGUCCUUGUUCCUCGCUUCUUCCCCUCUCUCACUCUCGCCAUCUCCCUCGAUCUUGACCUCCAUCUUCAUCGUCUUUUCGGAGACAAUACGAUAAAAUUCGGACCUCCAUCGCCAUCUGUCUCAAAGAUAGGGCCUCGGACGAAGGAAAGGACCGGAAAUGCCAGAGAAUCGCAAUGACUUAUUGGCCAGUGGGUCAGUUUUUACAAGAAAAAGAAUUAAGCUGAAAGAUUUGGAUUCCAUAUGCAACUUAGAAAGUAGAACACGAAAGGAUCACGAGUCCCUGGAAUUUAAAGGAACAACUGUCAAUUGUUGCACUAAUAAGGAAAGACAGAAAGCAAGUGUGUCGGCUCCAGAUACACCAAGUCAUUGCAGUGGCAGCCAUGAUGAUGGAGAACCAGUUCAGCAUGAGAAUGUUGAUUCAAGUAUUCAUGUUUCCUGUUCUCCUGGAGCUGAGGUGAAAGUCCAAGCAAUAACACCAGGACGAAAUGCUCUUUCACUUUUGGGAGAGGCUGCUUGUGCAAGUUUGACUCAUGCAGGGAGACCACUUGCUCAAGAAAGAAAAGGUAAUAUGGCCUCAGUUUCUGCAGAAACAGCACCUGAAAAGGUCAGCAAUGAACCAGGCUCCAAACAAUGCUUACUGGGGACUGGUGAACAAUGCUUUAAAUCUUCGAAGUUCCUUAAUGUAGAUCUGACUUUGGGUCCCCCUAUUGCUUUUCAAGAGGGUGUCACUAAUAACAUUAACUUGAUGAGUGGAAAUUCUCAGCAUCAAAUGGUUUCAAGAAGAAAUCGGGAUCAACUAGACUUUGUGGGAACAUGGAACUAUGUCAAGACUAAGAAGGGCUUGGAUACAGAUGACAAAGCAUCUGAGUGUGGGAGCAGCACAGGGCCAUUAGAGGAUACUAACUCCUUGAGAGUGUGGAAGGCAAUGAAGCAAAAUGGUUUUCUUUCAUCACAACUUCAUGCACCUUUACGUAAAAAGGUACAUAUGUCAAGACCACCACAGUCAAAGAGGAUGAAAAGGGACUUACUAAAGAAAAAUAUAGAACUUGCAAAGAGAGAACAGGUUAACAGAUUCACAAGGAUUGCAGCUCCAAGUGGAUUACUCACAGCAUUAAAUCCUGGAAUAAUUAAUCAUGUCAGAAAUAGUAAACAGGUUCAAUCCAUUAUUGAGGCUUUGGUGAAAUCCGAGAAGCUUGAUAAUUCUCAAACUCAAAAGGGAGUGCUCAAUCAAUUAUCAUCAGAAAGUCAAGAGAUCAAUGAAAAAGAAAACGAACGAGAAGUAAUACCUAAUCCAGACGCUGAUGGUGCCAGUUUGCCUGACAGUUCAGCAACUUUACUUGGUUCUGAUGAACAUACACCUCCAAAGUUCCUCCCAAAAAAUCAGCCAAAAGCUUCCAGCGAUAUCUCUUCCUGUUUUUGGUUAAAAAGUAAUAAAACCAUUCAACAAGAUACAACAGAUCCGAUAACUCAUACCGAAGCUCUUCUCAUUUCACAACUUAGUUUAGAAGUUGGGAAGGAUGGACUCUCAAUGAUGCUGCCAAGGGGGCUAAUCACUUCGGAGAAUCCAAGCUUGCUAUGUACCGAGGAGAUCACUACAAAUCAAGACAGCCUUCUUGGCCUUUCCAUAAAAGCUGCUUUUGUGGCCCAUCAAUGGUUGGAACUUCUCUAUCAGGACAUUAAGGGACGACUUGCAGCAUUGCGGCGUAGCAAGAAGAGAAUCCAAACCAUCAUACAAAAUGAAUUGCCUUUAAUUAUGUUGAAGGAAUUCAACCCUAACCAAGUGAAUGAGCAGUGCGGUGGGCUGUCAGCAGGUGACAAUCAUCUGAUAAGAUGGAGGUCUCUAUUUGAUCAGAUGGAUGCGGCAUUGCAACAAGAGGGAAAACAGCUUGAGAGCUGGCUAAGACAGGUGAAAGAAAUGCAAGCAUGCUGUGAUCGUGGCUUGCAUGGAAUGAACACGAAAAAGUUGGAUAGUUUGUCAGAGAAUUCUUCCAGGUCUAAGGAAAGAGACAAUGUGGAUGAUGAGUUCGCUGUUAGAGCCACUGCAGCUUCUAUAUAUUCCACCUGCAACUUUGCCACGUCAACAAAAAAUAUUUCUUGCUUCUAAGCUUACCAGUGUCCUUUGUUAUAUUUCAUAUUGUCGAUUGUCUAUCGUUUAGGUUGCCUAAUCUCUCUAAUUAAUUGAUUGCUUAGAGUGUAACAUGGAAGACUAUUUCUAAGGUAUCAAUGAACAAUUCCUUUUUUUUUUUUGUAUUUUGUUUCACCAAUUUAUAGCCUUUUUAUUGAUAUGACAUUUUCAUCUUCUCCUAUGAAUGACAAUCAAUAGAAAAGAGAUUGAAACA